CCCCACUCUUUUGACUCUGUAGUACACAUUCAGGGAGCUGUAUUUAAAAUCAAAGGGGAGUAUUAACUUCAAACUUUUGACGAAGUAGAAGCAGAAUCAACGAAAAUCUCCAUGGCGGGCUCGUCGGAUCCCUCACCUUCUCCCAAGAUCCUUUUGGCAAAGCCUGGUCUAGUCAGCGGUGGACCUGUUGCCACGAAAUUCGGCCGUGGCAGCAGCGGCGUCGAAGACGAAUCGGCGCAGUUCCGCUCUCGUCUUCCUUCAGUGGCUUCCCUAAACCUUCUCUCUGACUCCUGGGAGUUCCAUAUUGAUCGCUUUUUGCCUUUUCUAACAGAGAAUACGGACUUUACCGUGGUUGGAGUGAUUGGACCACCCGGGGUUGGCAAGUCAACAAUUAUGAAUGAACUCUAUGGGUUUGAUUCGAGUUCACCUGGGAUGCUGCCACCUUUUUCCAUAGAGUCCAAUGAUACUUCAGCAAUGGCAAGGCAUUGUUCUGUGGGCAUUGAGCCAAGGAUAUCUUCUGAGCGUAUUAUUCUUCUUGAUACCCAGCCUGUCUUCAGUGCACCUGUUUUAGCUGAGAUGAUGAGACCUGAUAGUCCUUCAACAGCUUCGGUUCUAAGUGGAGAGUCCCUGUCAGCUGAGAUGGCUCAUAAAAUUAUGGGUAUUCAGCUUGCUGUUCUGCUGGCAUCCGUUUGCCAUAUUCUGCUGGUCAUGUCAGAGGGAGUUCAUGAUGCUAGCAUGUGGCAUUUGAUGUUAACGGUUGACUUGUUGAAGCAUGGCAUAUCAAACCCUUUCUCCCUCGCUUCAUCUGUAUCACAGAGCUCAAGUUCGGGUCUUGAAAAAGAUAACAAAGUUGCAGAAAGGGAAGAGUACAUGGCUACUCCAGUUUUUGUCCACUCCAAGGUGCAGGAUCGGGACGCAACUCCUCAAAAUUUUGUAUUAUUGAAGAAGGCACUUCUGAAGUAUUUUGAGACAUCUUCAUUUGUGAAACAUCAUUAUAAUAAUAGUCAAUUGGAUUCUAAUGGGCCAAAUUUACAUUUGCAUAUGAUACCAUUGAAGAAAAGAGAUGAAAAUUUUGGAGCUCAACACGAGAGUUUCAUCUCUGCACUAUGGAAACUGCGAGAACAGAUUUUGUCUAUGAAGUCUCCCUCUUCCAUGAGGCCUGCAUCUGAACGUGAAUGGUUGAAGCAUUCUGCCAAGGUAUGGGAACAAGUGAGGAACUCUCCCAUAAUAUUGGAGUAUUGCAGAACACUGCAACAAUCAGGUCUCUUCAGGAGGUAGAAGGUUUAAAGUCUCCCAAGUAGUAUCGUAAAAUGUUUUCUUCCCCCAGAAAGGAAGGGGGGCGGGGAUAUUUGUUGCCGUUGAUAAUAUCCAAUGUUAGCAGCGUUUUAUGUAAAAUUAUAUUUGCCGGAGUUUACUUCUAUUCUUGAUCCCAGGAUAUUUAAAGAUUCCGUUUGGUUCGGUUUUGGACAACCACAUCGAAUAAAAUCUAUCGGUUCACAAAAGUUGGGGCCUAUUCGGUUUUUGAA